GGGACACUUUACGCUGCCAUGGGAAAGUUCUCCCUACUUUUUCCGAUCACAUUUUUAAGAGCACAACCCGAGUUGGGCGGCAGAAUCCAGAGCCAGUGUGAGUAGCGGAGGGUGACACUGAGAAAACACCAAGUGCUGAGGCCGGUAAACCUGUAAGGAGACGACAAAAAGACUUCACGAGAGAGAAAGGUAAGAAUAUCACACGAUUAAUGACAAUAUUAUAAUACUAUUCAAAUGGAGUGAAACAACAAAUAGACCCUUGUUUGUGUCGUGUGCUUGUUUUGAAUCACAAUGAUAUAGCCUAUUAAAGUUACAAAGUUGUAAUUAUAUUUUUGGCCCUCUGUAUGUCAAAGUACAAUAAAGGGUGUUGACCUUUUAAAAGAUAUAAACUACCUCUAUCAUCAUCAGAAUUAUAAUCAGAAUACUUGAUUUAUCUCAGGGAAAAUUUCGAUAUAAAUUUAAAUAUCAUAUCUUUUAAUAUGACAAUAAAACAUUGGUCAUUUAUGUUGACUUUCAUGCUUAUCUUUUCUAUUUUAUUCAUAUUUCCAAAUUUUACAUGGUUUCUUUAAGACCCAAACAAUGAAGUUCAGAAGUAUAACAGAUUACCUUCUUAGUCCUGUCAGUGAUUCUGUGAAAAUGUCCACUGUGAUUUGAGGUUGCCUUAUUGUGGCAGAUAUUGUUUUAUUUCUGGUGAUUUUUAUAUAAGGAACUGUUGGCAGUCGAUUGGUUUUAUGUUUCCCCAGAGAUAAUAAUAAUCCCCAUGACAAAAGUCCCAAAGUGAGUAAGUCCAGUUUUCAGUUUUGUGCCUGUUCAGGUUCCCAGGUGCCCUAACAGUCCAUUGUCUCCUCUCAUCCUGUCAGAAGAGUUUGUAUUUUCACCAUAACAGUUUUUGUUAUUCUCAGUGGGGAAGAAAUAACAGAAAAACAAACAGUCUAAAGAAAACGACAAGUGUCACAGCAGUGUCUCAACUCCCCCUCACAGGAUGUUUAUUCAGAUGUGUGUGUGCGUAUGUGCGUAUGUAUGAGCUUCCCGACAAGUCAUGGCUGUGCCAUUCGUCAUUAUCAACUCCUACCAACCUCUCUUUAAACUUCCCCGCAUUCAGACAUAGUGUGAUCUGACUCAGCUUUAAUUGAUUCAUAAAUCCAAUUGUAAAAAUGAGCGCGAAUAACAAUGCUGUGUAAAGUUUAAGGGGCCUCUUUUGGGCUUUUAUUGUGAAGAGGGAGCACAUACACAAUUUACAUUCAUACGAAAUAUAAGCUCCAGUAGCAUGUGUUUUUGUUUUAGUUGGUUUUACUGUAUGGGGGCCUUUCUUUUCACAUCUUCGUGAUGAGGAGUUGGAGUCCAUCCUAACAACAGUGUGAGCUCAUGGAAGAACUAAUAGGGGGGUGUAUACAGCCAGAUAAAGCCCCCCCAUUCCAGGUUUAAAAGGACAGCAUUGUACUGGAAAGGUUGGAGAAACUUAGGUCAUUUGUUGCUUAUAGAAAUCAUUAAACACUUAUGCAUUAGCUGUGCGUUUAUGAAGCCCCAUGAGAGUGUAGCGGUGGAAAUAAAACAUAGCAAUAAGGUGUUAAGUGGUACAUUCAAGCCAAUAGGCACAGCAAUGUAGCAGUAAGCGGAAAGUAAACUAUACGACCUGCAUUAUAACUACAUUAAGACCCGCAGGCAGGAUGUAAUACAAGGUAAGGAGGUGUUACCAGCCUGUUUAUCUUAUUAUACAGGCCAGUUUAUGUGUUGAGUUUGAUACUUAAAGAUUUUCCAUGCUGGCAACAUGAUUUUUCAAUCAUGGGUGGUUUCAUCAACAUGAGAACUUCUAAAGAAAACAAGUAUAAAUUACAUGACAGUGUUAUCUGUUAUUGCUUUGCUAAACAGGACCCUUUUUUCUAUUCUUAACAGUUAAAUAAAUCACUUUCUGUACAGACAUGUCUCAAAACACAUUUUGUCUUUGUAGAUUAACCACUAGGUUGUUUUUAACGUUGAAAGAAUGACUGAUAUGAUCAUUUCAAUGGUAUUUCUCCAAAGUUGUUUUUCGGCGGUCAUUGAAAUCCCAUGAAUACACAGAUGUAAUUUCGACACAUCAAGGUUUUCAGACAAUUAUCAUGAAAACUGCACUUUAUGUGCUCUGCGUUUUUAACAAGAUAGUCCAGAGACAUUUUAAGAGGUUAGUUAUAAUCAUUUUCAACAGAAGAUGAAAAAGAAGACAACACAUGCUCAGCUAAGCAACUCUAACCAUUAGAGUAGAAAGAGGACCAAUUUGCUACACUGUUAAUGAUCAGCCACUAGGGUCACAUAGACCCUCAUCACUGACAGGGUCGAGAGCUAGAUUUGCAUGUGAGUAAUGCGUGCUCAAGAGUGUGUAAAACAGCUCUUCUAUGUUGACACCCUGCUCACUUUCGCAGCAUGUUCAGCAGCUUUAUUUAUGAGAUGGGUCUUAAGGGCCAUUGUUAAUGUGUGUGAUGAAUCUUGUGACAGAAGCAGAUUUUGGUCUAAAUCUAGAUGUUGAAUCUACAAACAAACAACCAAAGACUUUAUUUUCCAAAGACCCAUCAACAGUGGCCGAUGACAUCUUUGAAAUGAUGAUUCAACGGAAAAAAUCUCACUGGGGAUUUACAAAGUCAUAGAAAUCCCUUUUAAAAGCUUUGAAAAAAUAAAUCAAAAAUUAAAAGACCUGCCAGUGAAAGUAUGUUUGGAGAAAAGAAUGAAAAACAUCACAGAUUCAAUCAACCUGAUCCGCUCUGGGAGAAGUUUUGGAGUCCUCACAGAAAACCCUCAGUUCCUUUUAGCUUUGAUAUCUCAAGGUACAGGUAGACUUGGAUGUAACCCAGGUCUUAGAUGAAGAUGGGAGGGAGGCAUUGGGAAGCCUUAAAGGUAUUCACCCAGAUCCUAAAGUCAACAUUGAAACAAACUUGGAGACUGUCUGACUGGGACUAAAAUAGACAGGAUGUGACCAUAGUUUUGGUUCUAGUUCAGAGCCUAGCAGAUGGGUUCUUCACAGUCAAGUUGAUCAGUUGAUCAAAAGAAGUCUUAAUGUGUCUACUCUCUGUCCCUCCCAGGAGCAGAGGAUGUCCAGAGCUGACUGGUCUUUCCUGGAGCACCUGCUGGAGGAGGGCCAGGAGUAUUCGACAGGCAUCGGCCGUGUCUGGCUUACCGUGCUCUUCCUGUUUCGCAUGCUGGUCCUUGGAACCGCCGCUGAGUCUGCCUGGGACGACGAACAACUCGACUUUAUCUGCAACACCAAACAACCUGGCUGCACUGCUGUGUGCUAUGACAGGGCCUUCCCCAUCUCCCACUUCCGGUACUUUGUCCUCCAAGUGAUCUUCGUCUCCACGCCAACGAUAUUCUACUUUGGAUAUGUGGCUAUAAGGGCAGGGAAGGACAGGGGAAAAGAUGAGGGGGCAGAUGGAAAGCCAGCAGGAAUAAGUAACAGAGGAGUUAGCGUGAUCGAAAGGAAGAGUAACAAUGCCAUGAAAGACAAUGCAGAGGAGAAAGAGAAAAAAGAGGAGGGGAGGAGAGGAGGAAAAGCUGAUAAGACUCCCUCUGGGGUUCCUAAACUAAAGGGGAGAUUGCUGUGUGCGUAUGCAUUCAGCAUCUUGCUAAAAGUCCUCCUUGAAGUUGGUUUCAUUGUUGGACUUUGGAUCCUUUAUGGGGGCUUCUCCAUCGCAGCAAAGUUUGAGUGCAAGGGGUUUCCUUGCCCUCACACAGUGGACUGUUUUGUCUCCCGACCCACAGAAAAGACUAUCUUUACUGUCUACACUCAGGUGAUCGCUGUCAUCUCCCUGCUCCUCAACUUCGCGGAGCUCCUUCACCUCCUCCAGCUCGCUAUUUCCCACCAGCUGGAGAAAAGGUACCAUGACAAGCAACAGGACUACCUCCCUUGGUCCGAGCGGGUGACAGCACGAGAAGGGACUUUGGAGCAGCAAUCAGAGGUGCCUCAGUCUUACAAAGCGGGCAGUCAUGUUGAGCUUCCCAAUCAGGGUGAGGUAAUAUGUUACCCCAAUCCUUGUGAAAGCUAUGGGGAUCUAGCGAUAGAGGUGAACUGGGGAACUGGGGCGACGGGGAAUGACCUGCUGCCCAGUUAUGUGAACUGCAUGGGGGCUAUGGGGACAACGCAUUCCCCAAGAGUCCACUAUAAGAAACAUGCACACCAAACAGUGAAAGACACUAAGGGUACCCACAAGGGACACUCAAAGCAGAAGCAUUAUGUAUGACCAAGUCUAUGAAAGCUCUGUUCAUUCUGAUUCUUAUUGGUUUUUGUAAGAACUAUCCUGCACACGAAACUUGAAAAAAAGGAGUGCACGUUGGGAGACCUUUUUGAAAAAUAAUUGUAAAAAAUAAAAAGGAACAACAACUGUUGCACUGUGUGUGUGUGAUGCCUCGGAGGCAGGCUGAGAUUAAAGCGGAUUUAGCAGAUAAAUAAGGCUUUUGAAAAAGAAUUAUGUUUUUUAAGAACACUCCCUUUGGCAACAAAAAUUAGGCGCCGCAAUGAGGGAAGACUGCAGUCAUAAGAUGUCUCCAUCAAUUUCUGACUGUUGGUGUUGAAUGUAAGAGUGGAAAAAUACUCUGACAUUUCAAGAGUACAGGGGCGAGAGAUCUGGUGCAUUGAAACAUAUUCCUCUGAGGUUUGCACUGUAACCCCUGGAGCUCUUUGAAACCCCCCCCCACCACCACCCCCCUCUCCCCAUGGCUUUAGUCACUUGUGUCCACACAGUGGAAUGUUGUGGUCUCUGGAUCCCGCUCUGCUCCCAUGAGGAUAAUGGCUGCGCGGUUGCUUACACGCAUGCACGCAUGCAUGCACACUCACAAAGUACUUUUGGCCCUUUCGCACAGCCUGUUUUGGUCACUUGAGUUGGGUCAUGGACUAAGAUGGAGAAGGGAAACCAUACCCUGGGAAUUCUGGGAUUGUAAAUGACUUAUGACCAUAGUGUUGAAGCUCUGAAGGAAGAAGGAGAGAGGACCAGAUCUGGAUAAUGAAGCAAGGACCAGCCUCUGGUUAGCACAUUGAAUGGACAGAAAGCGGUACAGAAAUGUGCAGACUUAAAGAAAGGAAAUGACCAUGUGAAAACUGUAUUUAAUGUGAAGAAGUAUCAUUUGUAUUUAUUUUUUGUUGACAAUAAAGCUUUAACCACCAAAAGAUAA